UAUGUUUUCUUUCCUUACUCAUUUUUAAGUUCCUCACAUUUACUGUUGUGCAUAUAUUGUGUUUAACUUUGAACGUUUGACGAUUGAUCUGAUUGCCAUAAGCUUAUGUAUUUAAUAACAAUUCGACGUGCUAUUAUGAAGACGUAGACACUGUAACGUCCUGAGGGUUUUGAUAGUGUCAAUACUGGCGAUACUAUGUUAAGAAUUCAGUAUGAUCCGCGUGGUAGCCAUUAUUGAGAUAUAGAAGCCUUAACGGGUUUCAUCACGCCACUUGAUCCAAUUAUUAGAAAAAUAUUAAAGAAUAAUAAAGAGUUUGAUUUGUUAAUCACAUUGUAAUAUUAUUUUCAGUUCCAUCUGAAUUUGCAGAUAUCCCUUCUGGCAAGAUUGGAUCUAAGAGAAUUUAGCCACCUCUACCAAGGGUUGAUUUUCAUUGGAACUGUGUCCUUAAAUAAGUGGUCUAUGUUUGGAUCGUCAGGUUUUUUAAAUACAAUAUAAGGACACAGUUUGAAGAACACGUUCGAGCAUAAUGAAACACCAACUCUCUUUUUUAAGCCCGCACGAAAUCGGUUAAUUUUUUUAUUGUUACAUGAAUGAAUUGUCCAAGUGAACUCAAAGGAGGAUACACAGAUAUCUAAACGAAGCAGGCAAUUGAUACACAGAUAUCUAAACGCAACAAAGAUUUUUACUCGGUAGAGAAAAUUAAGCAUAGCUAUUGCAAGUCUCGUACUUUUCUGAUUCAUUCUACAUCAAACGGAUAGCAGUUUAGCUAUUGCAGCUGAAAUUGUUUCAAAUUGAAAUUCACAAAAAGUGCAGAUAAGGUGUUUGAAGAAAUGUCUGAAAUGAAACACAUUCAGUAAUUUGGUCAUUAUAGAGACAGAGACAGUGCAAUUAGUUAAGAAGAAACUGGCGCAAGACCGAGUACAAUCAGGUUUCAUCCCAUCUCAUCCAUUGACUUUGGCAUUGGCAUUAAAGCUAACUCACUUCUUCUUCCUCGAAUAAUUGUCUUCUGGAUCUUCCUGUUUUGAGCAAUGAAGCCAAUAUUGAUUGUGAUGUUAAUCAUCACAAUAACUGGUAUCCAUGGCUACAGCACAUUCUCAAUAAAAGAAGCUAGUAUCCGAGACAUCCAACUAGCGUUUGCAGAAAACAAGCUAACCUCAAGACGGCUAGUGGAGUUCUACAUCCAGGAGAUUGAAAACCUCAAUCAUCUUCUUCACGCAGUUAUUGAGGUGAACCCAGAUGUACUGCAUCUGGCUGACAAAGCCGACAGAGAGCGGAGGAGGUAUAACAGGAGGGACUGCUCAACUAGCAACAGUAGUAGAAGAGGUUAUAAAUUGGGGGAGCUUCAUGGGAUUCCUGUCCUUGUUAAGGACACCAUAUCCACAAAAGACAAACUAAACACAACUGCUGGCUCUUUUGCACUACUAGGAUCUGUGGUUCCUCGUGAUGCUGGGACUGUGAGAAAGUUGCGAAAAUCAGGGGCAUUGAUAUUGGGUAAGGCUAGCCUCAGUGAAUGGGCACACGUCCGCUCUUUUGGUAUUCCUAACGGUUGGUCUGCAAGAGGUGGACAAGGUAAGAAUCCGUAUGUCCUAUCGGCUGAUCCAUGUGGAUCAAGUAGCGGAUCGGCUAUAGCAGUAGCAGCGAACAUGGCAUCAGUGAGUUUGGGUACAGAAACGGAUGGGUCUAUUUUAUGCCCAGCCAGUUACAACUCAGUUGUUGGAAUCAAACCUACAGUUGGACUCACCAGUCGUGCUGGGGUAGUCCCAGUUUCUCCAAGGCAGGACACCAUCGGACCUAUUUGCAGAACAGUUAUGGAUGCUGUAUACGUACUGGAUGCAAUCGUAGGUUUUGAUUCACUAGAUUGUGAAGCAACUGGAGAAGCAAAAAAGUUUAUACCGAUUGGUGGUUACAAACAAUUUCUCAAAAAGGAUGGCCUCAAAGGAAAAAGAUUAGGAAUAGUCAGGAAUCCCUUCUUCAAUUUCGCUAACGGGUCAAACCUCUACCAAGUUUUCGAGGACCAUAUCGACACGCUGAGGCGGGGCGGAGCAGAGAUAGUGGAUAACUUGGAGAUUGAAAAUGUCAAUGUCAUUCUUAAUCCGAUACAAAGUGGAGAAUUCACAGCAUUGCUAGCCGAGUUUAAGCAGUCUUUGAAUUUGUACAUAAAAGAUCUGAUAGUUUCUCCAGUCAGAUCUUUAGCUGACAUAAUCGCCUUUAACAAGAAAAAUCCUCAUUUGGAAAAGAUGGAUGUCUUUGAUCAAGAUUUGCUUGUAAUGUCUGAGAGUACAAGCGGAAUGGGAAAGGAGCAAAGAGAUGCCGUGGAGAAGUUAGAGAAACUGUCAAGAGAUGGGUUCAUGAGAAUGAUGAUGGAGUAUAAAUUGGAUGCAAUGGUGUCUCCAGGUUGGAGUGCUGCUUCUGUGCUUGCAAUUGGAGGAUACCCGGGUAUUAGCGUCCCAGCAGGAUAUGAUGAUAGUGGAACGCCUGUAGGAAUCUGUUUUGGUGGAGUAAGAGGUUCCGAAGCUAAACUCAUUGAGAUAGCUUACUCUUUUGAACAAAUGACGAUGGUCAGGAAGCCGCCCUCCUUUAAAACCUCUAAAUUUAUUAAAGGGCAUGUUAUUUGAGUUAAAAUUCCAGUAUACUUGCCUCUGGAAUGUGUACGUACUGUAUCUGGAAAAGGUUUCCAAGUAAACUGAGCACAUGGCUUUUUUACUGUAACGGCUUCAGUGCCAUUAGCCUAUACAAUUUGCACAGUGUGGUUCUUAAUAUUUUUGAAUUGCUCAAAGUUUAAAUCAUUCGAUUCAA